AGGAGCACAAAAGCUGACGUUUCGGGCCUGGACGCUUUGUGCUCCUGAGAUGCUGCUUGGCCUGCUGUGUUCAUCCAGCCUCACACUUUAUUAUCUCUGAUUCUCCAGCAUCUGCAGUUCCCAUUAUCUCUGAUACUUUCUUUGACAUUCAGUUCUUUUUCUUCUCCCCAUACAGGGUUAUUCAGUGCCUUCUUGGGCAGCGGUGCCUCCCAAAGCCCCCAUUCUCUUAUUCUCCAACUGACCAUGAGUGGGGCAGCAUUGGGAAUCGAUAUUGUGGUGGUGUUCUUCCUGGCUCUGCUGGUUCUCUAUCGAUAUGCCGACUUCAGGAAGCAGCACAAGCUGGUGAUUGUAGCCACACUGUUAGCCUGGUAUCUCUGCUUCCUCAUUGUCAUCAUCCUGCCUCUGGAUGUCACCACGAAGGACAACCAGAAUUGUAUGCAGUGUUCUGAACGUGGCCUCACUAAUGCCCUACAUCGUGCAACAUUGACAUCCCAACUCCAAUACUCAAAUGGUGUGACCAAUGAACGCAAGUGUGUCAGAUGUCUCCUUCACCAACAACAACACCAUCAGAAGUUGCUGGAAAAGUUCAGCAGGUCUGGGAGCAUCUGUGAAGAAAAAACCAUUUACAGACAGUGUGAAGUUGAUAGCUCCAAGAUAUCACCCAGCAGCGCCCCAAACUCCAGUAAGGUGUUCACAGCCAACAGGACUAACUCCUCCCACGGUGUGCCGGAUAUCCCAGUGCUGCAACAAUGUUUCAAGCCUUGGAGUUACAUCCCGGAUGGAAUUCUGCCUGUAUUCUGGAGAGUUGUCUACUGGACAUCACAGUUUUUGACCUGGAUCUUGCUGCCUUUUAUGCAGUCCUAUGCUCGUUCAGGUGAUUUCUCCAUUACGGGAAAGAUUAAGACUGCACUGUUUGAAAAUGCCAUCUACUACGGCACUUACCUGCUGAUUUUUGGAGCUCUCCUCAUCUAUGUGGCUGUCCAUCCUGGGCUGAGGCUUGACUGGUAUAAGCUACAAACUAUUGGCAUCACUGCUGCCAACACAUGGGGGCUGUUCCUGCUUGUACUGUUGCUGGGAUAUGGCCUGGUAGAGAUCCCACGCUCCUAUUGGAAUGCUGCCCGACGAGGUCAUCUCCUCACCAAAACCCAGUUCAAAGUGGCGAAGCUGAUGACAGAGAAAGCAGAUGCUGAGGAGACGCUCGAGGAUGUGAUGGAGGAGGUCAGGAAGCUGAAUGAGACAGUGAAAUAUAACCAUCCCUUCAGAAAGUACAUUGACACCAUCCUCCGAAAGUGUCCCACUGAGUACCAGGAGAGAAUGGGCAGGAACAUGGAUGACUAUGAAGACUUUGAUGAGAAUAGCAACAGCAUCCCAAGUGAGAAGAGCCUGGUUAGGCUCCAUAAACAAGUGAUCUACGUGGUUCAGAGGCAGCAGCGAACACAGGUCCAGUGGAAGAUGCUGCUGGAGGAGGCAUUUCAUCUGGAGGAUGUGGCCAAGAAUGAAGCCAGCAGCAGUCACCAGUUUAUUCGUGGGUUCCAGAGCCAGGAGCCCAGGAACUGGAUCAGCCGCUAUCUGUAUACCCCCGCUGUAGAGUGGUACUGGGAGUGUUUGUUACGGAGUUGGUGUUAUCGGAUUCUGGCUGUGGUUCUCUCGCUCUUCUCGAUAAUUGUCGUCUGGUCUGAAUGCACUUUCUUUAGCACCAAACCCGUCCUCUCGCUGUUUGCUAUCUUCAUCCAGGUGGCUGAGAAAACCUACAAUUAUCUCUACAUUGAGCUCGCCUGUUUCAUUAGUAUCUUCUUCCUGAGUAACUGCGUCUACUCCACUGUCUUCAGGAUUCGUAUUUUUAAUUACUACUACCUGGCUCCACAUCAGCAGACUGAUGCCUAUAGUCUACUCUUCAGUGGAAUGUUGUUCUGCCGACUGACACCACCGUUAUGUCUGAAUUUCUUGGGACUGAUCCACAUGGAUUCCGCAAUUUCACAUCAGAACAGAGAGCAGACUGCCUACACCUCGAUAAUGGGCUCAAUGCGGGUGAUAUCUUUCAUUGCUGAUGGAUUCUACAUUUAUUACCCGAUGCUCGUUGUCAUCCUCUGCAUUGCUACCUAUUUCAGCCUGGGUACACGUUGCCUGAAUCUCCUUGGCUUCCAGCAAUUUAUGGGAGAUAACGAAAUGACAUCUGACCUUGUGGAUGAAGGAAAAGAGCUAAUUAAAAGAGAGAAAAGGAAACGGCAGCGACUGGAAGAUGGGGAGAAUCGGCGAAGGGAGUGGAAAGAACGCUACGGAAACCAGAAAGACAAUUUCACUCGGAACAGGGGCUCUCACUCUGAAAUACCUAGUUCACUGCAUGCAACUAAGCGAGCUUCCACAAAGUACUCCCGCUGGAACAGUCGGUCAGAAAGGGAUGGCAUGGAGUUGCUGCAGGAUCCUGAGCCUAUGGAUUUCAAUGCUGACACCUUCAGUGAUGAUGGCCCUGAUCAGAACUCUGACCUGGGAAGGUACCAGCCAAGUGGAAGGUAUCUGUCAAUGUCUUGCAGCCGGAUCUUUGAUGAUAUCUGAAUGUGCACGGAUUUGCAUCUGCUCAAGCAUAUGCCACUAUCUGCCCUCACUGCCACAUCUGAGUGGAAAUUUUGUUGGGAAAGAAAUAUCUGCUCCCUUCACAAAUACAACCUUUGAAGUCCAGUCACUGUAGUAAAAAUGCUUUGGGAUGUCUUGAUGUCACGGAAGGUUCUUUGAAAAUACAAAUGCUUUUUCAUCCCUUCCUUCCAGUUUUACUACUGCAGUAGUGUACUGAUAUUUCAUUUUGUGCGUGGGCAGUGGGCCUGGGUUCAGGAGUACAUUUUGCAGAAAGUAUUCCUGUUAAUUUUGCUUUUGCACUUUUCUGCCCCUGGAAUGAAGGAUGCAUUUUGGGCCAGUAAUCAGACUUCUGUAUUCACAUCUUUGGGUGUAAAGAAUCAUUGUAAUUUAAUCAGGUGUAUUUAAUAAAUAGUGAAGCAAAACCAUUGCUGUUUCUGAGAGAACAAGCAGCAACUGCAGACCUUAUCCUAACAACCAAGUUGUGAGGUUGUAAGGGUAGUGGGACUCUCUUAUAUGCAAAAUUAUAAUGCAGACUACUUAGCUAGACAUUUAUCAGUACCAGAAGAAUGUGGGAGAUGGUCAUGAAAAUAGAAAGCUGGAACGUGGCCAAUUUCUCACUCAUCUUAACUGACAUUAAGGAAGAAACCACCAAUUGUAAGGGUUAAGUCACUGAAAAGGACUGUUAUAUCUCAGGAGCUAGACUGUAGACCUGCUGCUCUGAGGGGCUGUGAUGGAACAGAUCUAGAUGAGACUUGAACCUCCAGUGUACCCAGGAUAAAAACUCAAUUGUGCUGAAACACCAUCUAACAUUACAGUUAACAGCAUUUCUCUCAUCCUUUCACACACAUUGUUUGGCCCUGGUUUUAGCUUGGCUCCUUACUGCAGUACAGGAAAUAAUAGGUGACACUGGAGAGUGUCUGGAUACAACCAGGCAAAGACUCACCUGGUUCAACUGUCAUGACGGUUCUGAUUAACACACUGGGACUUGCUCCCCAAACCUGGCAGCCCUUGAGACACUAAUAUUGAACAUGUGACCAUACACUAAGGCUGCUCUCGAGUGCUCUUAACAGAUGUGCAAAGGUUCCAAUUUCCUUGUUUGGCUAUUCAUUUCCAAUAGAUCUAGCUGAUUGAAGAUGGUGUAGUUUUAAUCAAUCAGGUUGUGCAUUGAUAAAACAUUAAUGAAAAAAGCAAAAGUUUUAGUACUUUUACAGAAUUUGUUACCAACAUUGAGGAAAUUCAAACCUCCUGCACAUUCACUUGACAUAAAAAACACAACCAACUGGAAACAGACAGGUAACAAAGAGAGGUAAAAAAUUUAUUGCAGUAUUUGUUCCGCCAGUUUGUUUUGGCUGGGGAUCCCUUUUUUUUGUUUUGCCAGAGUGACCCUAAUACAUUUAAAUCUACAUUUACAAAACAAAAAAAAUCAAAUAAAAUCUCCCAUGUAGGUCACAGAUACUGCAUGCUUUCAUUAGAAUAAAUUAUAUCCAGCACAGUCUGGCAUUGUACAUCCUGUAAAAUAACUUCUCUCUGGAACUUCUGCUACACUAAAGAAAGCCAUUGCUGCUAGGUUAAACUCCAAGAACACUUUAUUAAGAACAUUAACAGACUAAAUUCCAACAUUCACUUAACUUUUAUUUUUAAACAGAAUUCUUUUUCCAAGAUAUAAACAAUUUUUUGUUUUGUUAAACUAUAAUACAGUGGGAGUUAAAAUCAAUCAAGAAGGUUCGGCUGUACAACAGCGAAGGAAGCUCCCACGAGAAAAUGGUAUCUGACAAUUGCUCUUCUCGUUUGUCUCCGUGUCUGAAUCCUAGUAGAGUUCUGCAGACUGUGAAACCAUUCAUUUUAUAAGUGUUGUCAGAAUAUGGUCUUUUAGCCCCAAGUUUAUUCUCACUGCUGUGAAUUUGGCUGCAGUUUUAGUUGUGUUAGCAGGAAGAUCCUUCCUUUGCUGCAUACAGCGAUCGUAAAGUCUGAACAACUUUGUUAGUCAGCUUAUUUGCACUUGUCAGAGCAAUUUUCUUGUAAAUGAUGUCCGACUCUUUGAUACUGUCAACCCAAGGCACCAGUUUGCGGCCCUCUCUGCGUUUAGCCUCUGUCCAAGAGCCACUAUACGAACCGGCCAUCCAAUGAACACUGAAACCACUGUUGGUCUUUUCGACAACUCUCGCAAUCUGUGGCCGGUCUUUAUAUUUAGGGCAGCAGAUGGCAAUCACAUCCAUUACUUCCACAGCUUCAUGCAGCUGAGCUCCAAGAUCCCCUGGCUCAGACAAUCGUUUAGAUCUUCUGGUUGCCUUAGAGAUGAUUGGAAAGAGAAGUGAUUAGUUAACGGACCAGCAGCUAAGCAAUAGCUCUUGCCUUUGAAAGACACAGGCAACUGUACCCAAGUCAAACAUCCAAAGAUGCAGGUGACUGCCUAAUCAUCAACACUAGACCUCAAGAAUGGAACCAUGUCUGAACAACAGCACUGGGCCCUUUGGAAAGUACAGGUAACAGUGCCUGAAUGACAGCAGGGGCUUGAGAAAGAUCUCAUUCCUGAAUGGCUGGGUAAGCUUGAAUGAGGAUGGGGGAAAACAGGAACCAGAAGAAUACAACUUUUCAGAUUUAGAUUAAUGCAAAUUGUCCUUCAUUAUGUCCUCUUGUUCCAAAUAAAAAUAUUAACAGGAA